AUGGAGAAGAAUCAAUCAAAACUAAAAUACAAGGACGGAAGAAAAAUCCAGAAGGAGCAAUCCGACACUGGGAAGAAGCUGUCCAGACGGGAUAAAGAACUUUUGAAGGCUGUCAGAAGAGGCAAUACUGAGUUGGUGAAGGAGAAGUUAGAGAGAGAGAAAGGUUACAUUGACAUGUCCAAGGCAUUGAUUGAAGCUAAAGCUGAUGUCAAUGUCAAGAAUGUAGAUGAUGUUACUGCCUUGCAUUUAUCAUCAAGGAAUGGUCACAUUGAUAUUGUGAAGGCAUUGAUCGCAGCUAAAGCUGAUGUCAAUAUCAAGGAUAUCUAUGAUAAUACUGCCUUGCAUUUAUCAUCAAGGAAUGGUCGCAUAGACAUUGCCAAGACAUUGAUGGAAGCUAAAGCUGAUGUCAAUGUCAAGUAUAUGGACAAUCAGACAGAUGUUAAGAAACAAGUGGAAGAGAUAAUUCGUAGUGCAAUACCCGAGAGUGAUUCUGUUGAAGUCAUCGGUGUUGGUAGUUCUUUUGAAGGCACAAAGAAUGGACUCCCAGAUGAGUUGGACUUCAUCAUCAAGUUGUUCCAUGUCAAAUCCAGUUGCAUUGAACAGGAAGGAUAUGGGAAGAUGGAGAGGGACGAGAAGGAGGUAAAGCGACUCAAUAUCAUCGGGUCGUACGGAAUGUGGUUGUGGCAGAAGCUGAUGACGUAUUGGUUAAAUGCUUAA